AUGUUCAAAGUGUUCAAGCUAGGGGCAUUUCGGCUGACAACAGGUCUUGUUAUUCUUGCCUUACUGUUUCAUGCUCACAUGGCUUUAUCGCUUCUUGGCGACGAAUCGGCAGAAGGCAUUGCUCAGAUUGCCAAACAACUGCCCUAUCUCAACUAUUCCAUGACAAAUGGCAUCUGGGCACAGUUGGUUAAUGGCAGUGCAUCCUUUAUUGAUGACAACGCUGGACUUGAAGGCGGCAAUUUUGGUGCCAAGAUUCCAAUCCAUUAUGAGAGAGACGAGAGUGGUGUCAUAUGCCAUCUUUCUCCUAGCCUUUCACCCUAUUUGCGCUCAGCAAAGCUGCUAGAAAGACCGAUUGUCUUUACAGACCUUGACGGGGAUGGCCGCAUGGAUGCCCUGGUAGUGAUUCUUGUCGUUUAUGCCGGCAUUGGGUAUUUUGACCUUUUUGUGGUGCCUGUUUUGAUGCAGCCUACUGGAAAAGCGAUGGUAUUCCCGUCAAGUGGGUAUCGCGUUGGGGAGACCUCCGUCUAUGCCCUUGACUCGUUUGAUUUUGUGGACAAUGAUACACUGAGGGUUGCCUUUAUGGAUAGGCGGCCUGGCGAGCCCAAGGUUAUAGCACCCUCUGUCCCUACCAUACUGAUGCUUUCAUAUGAUGUCGGUGCACGCACACUGGGUCUGCAUUCCAGACGCGUCAUUGCAAGUGAUUGCUACGCAAGCAUUUUCAAUGCAACCUCGACAUCUGAAUAA